AUGGUCCAGCAAUCCGAGGCGGCAGGCGUCCAGCCUUCCGAGCGGUCGCCGCUCUUGGCCAAGACGGCGGACUCGAACGGAGAAGGAGGCGUGUCACUCUCUCUUGGGGAGGUGCCGGCGGAGGUGCCGCUGAGCGAAAGUCGAGGCAAUGGAUCAGUCUCAAAGAUCGGAGGAGGAGAUGAUGAAGAGAGUCAACACCAAGAGCAAGUGAGCCGGAACGGGGCUAGAAACGGCCAUGUGGCGCGCAUCAUCUCGGUUCUGCUCAUUGGUAUCUUUGUGGCGCACGCCGACGGUUCUAUUCUCCUGGCCACGCACCCCGUCAUCGCCUCGGAAUUCAAUGAUCUGGAAAACUCGAGCUGGCUGAUCACAAGCUUCGCCCUGGCGGGCGCUGCCACGCAGACCUUGUACGGAAAAUUGAGUGACAUCUACGGCCGCAAGACAUUGGUCAUCGUCGCCUAUGUUAUAUUCGUGCUCGGUUGUGCCCUUGUAGGCAUGGGCCAAACCAUGUGGCAAGUCGUCCUCGGCCGAGUCAUCUCCGGCGCAGGAGCAUCCGGAAUGGCAGGACUGGUGUCCAUUCUCAUCACGGAUCUGCUUCCAAUUCGAGAGGUCGCACAGUGGCGCGCAUAUGUCAAUCUUGUUGCCACUCUGGGCCGCAGCAUAGGGGGGCCCCUGGGCGGUUGGCUUGUCGAUGUCAUCGGAUGGCGAUGGUCCUUCUUUGGCCAGGUUCCUCCCAUCCUGCUCGCAAUCUUUCUCGUCACCGUCUCCCUUCCCUGCUCCCCGGCCACAUCAUCCUCGAACGGCGUCGACGAAAAUAGACUUGCACAGAGAAGCAAGAUCAGCCGAGUCGACUUUAAGGGCUCUCUCCUCUUUGCCCUGGCCAUCCUUGCCUUUCUCUUGCCCGUCGAGCUCGGAGGCGUCAAGCUGCCUUGGUCUCACCCGGCCAUCAUUGUCCUCUUUGGUCUGAGCCCCGUACUCCUCUUGGUUUUCGUCGCAGUCGAAAAGAGACAAGGAGAACCAAUCUUGCCCCUCGGCAUUUUUCAACGGCGCGAUGCCGUUUUCUCCUAUGCCAUCCUCGGCUUACAGACUGCCGCCCAGCUCAGUCUCAUGUUUUCGGUUCCGCUAUACUUUCAAAUCACGACUGGCUCAUCUAAUACCGCAUCUGGCGCUCAUCUGGUGCCCGCCGUGGUCGGAAAUGCGAUAGGCGGGUUGAUCUCCGGAGUGAUUAUCAAGAGAUCCGGCCGCUACAAGACCCUCAUCAUCCUGGCCGUCACGCUCUCCUCCCUUAGUUACUUCUUGCUCAUGCUCCGCUGGCAUGGCAGCACCAACUUCUGGGAAUCCCUCUAUAUCUUCCCCAGCGGUUUCGGCACCGGAAUCGCCCAGUCCGCCGUCUUCGUCUCCCUGCAGGCCGUCAUUGCAGCCCAGGACCCGUCCCACCUCGCGCCCGCCAUCUCCUUCAUGUACCUCACCACCACCAUCGCCAUCACCCUCGGCGUGCCGCUCUCCAAUGCCGUCAUGCAGAGCGCACUGCGACGCAGCCUGUGGAGGAGAUUGAUUGCCUUGGGCCUCGACGGAGACGAGAUUGCAAAGAUCGUCGAAAACACCGUGUCGGAUGUCGAUUUUGUAGAUCAGGUCACGGGGAGGCUGAGGGAUGCCGUGGUCGGCUCAUAUGUGGACGGGCUCUGGUGGAGUCACGGUGUCUCGUUCUCGUUCUCCGCCACCGCCUUCGUGCUGGCUCUCUUCAUCCGGCAGAGGCCUCUUGACGGGCCAAGGGCGUAG